AGCAUUCAGAAGCAGAAGCGAAACACAUGGGAUCCUUGGGCCUUGCCGUGAGCGCAAGCAUGUCCAAGUCCAACGGCAGCACGGUGGCCGUCAGAGGCCAGCAUCAGCAGCAGAAGCCGGAGCGCGGGGCAUUCAGCUGCAGCUUCCGGAUGCCGCUGCAUUACCCGCGGUACAAGAAGGCGGACUACGAGGCCAUGCCCGAGUGGCGCAUCGACUGCUUGCUUGGGGAGUACGGCCUCCCCAUCGCCGGCGACGUCCACGACAAGAGGCACUUCGCCAUGGGCGCCUUCCUCUGGCCCGGCCAGUACUGAUCGAGCUCACCUUAAUUUCCACCCGGAUCAGGCCGAUCAGCAAAGCUAGCAGAGAAUGAUCAGCGACUGCAGCA